GUGGGAUACCCGCCAACUCAACUUGCGUGUGCCACGGAUGGCACAGCUCAUCGGGUGCAACGGCAAUGCAGCUUCAAAGCCGCCUUUGUCUCGUCACUACUAUGCCGAGGCCCCUGAUGAAACUGGAGUAUAAAAUCAGAGCAUAGUUCUGGUAAAAGGUACAAAACAAUUCACUCACUCUCGGGACCUGAAACCACUUACAUCAAGAUGAACAUUUUAUCACUUGGUGGAUCGCGAAACAUUGGUUACUUUUCUGCUAUCCGUCUUCUAGAUUCUGGAUGCACUGUGACAUUCCUGCUUCGUAAUCUCUCAAAGCUCCAGGACGACGAAGUUAUCGGCAAAUACGUCGCUUCAGGCAAGGCUUUCCUCGUCAAAGGCGACGCGCUUGAGAAAUCAGACGUUGAGAAUGGUUGGAAAGAAGCGGGAAAGCACGGCAACAUUGAUGUCUUGCUCUUCACAGUUGGAGGAACACCCGAAAUGUCACUUACCAAAGGGGCUAUCAUUAAACCUGCAGACCUUGUCACUCGGUCUUUCAUGAAUACCAUCACGACCAUGCCUACAUCCCAGCCUCAACCAAAAAUCAUUGCCGUUUCUUCAACAGGGCUCACUAAGACCUCGCAUGCCUCACUUCCUCUCCCUCUCAAACCUCUUUACGCAUGGAUGCUUGCCCUCCCUCACAAGGACAAAAUCGGACUCGAAAUCAUUAUUCAUCAUUGUGCUGGUUGGACAUGGAACUCGAAAGAGGAUGGGGAAGCGGAUGAGGGGAUCUUACCCUCGAAUUGGACUUCAACUCCAGGGUUACCGGCGCCCGGGACGCUGAAGAACGUUUUGGUGGUCAGACCUGCGAUGUUGACAGAUGGAGAGUGUCAAGCCGAGAAGAAAAAGAAGGGGUCGGGCUCUGGCAAGUCUAAGCCAGCGUAUCGGGUGAGUGAGGGAGAACUGGGUGGUUAUACGGUUUCCAGGCGAGAUGUGGCGCACUUUAUUGCGGAUGUGGUUUUGAACAAGUGGGAAACCUAUGCUGAUAAGGUUGUCAAUAUCGGCUAUUGAUCGUUACUAUUCCGGGUAUCCUUAGACUUUACUGUAUGUGUUAGGUAUACACAUUUAAUCUGGUAGUCUGCAUAUAUCGUAUUUAAUGUUAGUUCAUUUUGACUAUUCCUACUGAUCAUGAUUGCAUCCUAGCUGAAGCUGGAC